UUUUGAGUUAUAGAAUGCCAAAUUGAUUUACUACUUAUGUAAAGCAUAUAACAAAGACUUUUUUAUAUCAAUAUAGCCUAAGAAUAGGGGUAACAAAACACUUAAUCGACAGCUGACACUAAAUAUGACGGGCCGGAACACCCCCCUUAACGCUUAUGCUAACUUGAGACGAUCUAGCGCUAAAAAGGUCCCCGAAUAUCCAUAAAGAUAGAGCUGAUCUUCCUUUAGAGAAGCCAACAAAUCUGCAACAUUUCCUUAUUUCCUUACGAGCAGGAUACUCGAGAUUGGAUAACGACAACAAAUUCGUACAAUUAACCUCGCCAUAUUCCCAUAUGUUAUAGCGACAGACGAAAAAACCAACAAUCACCCUCCAAUUGCGUCCCCUUCCCACCCGAAACAACCCCGAACCCCCAAUUACGCAAAGAUGUCCGGCGCCGACAGCCCUGAAAUCCUAGCCGCGUACGAUGCCGUUCGUUCGGAUAAAGAUGAGACGAAUUGGUUGCUGAUCUCCUACGCGGCAGCCGUGGGUGAUAAGUUAACCCUGACGGGAACGGGGACGGGCGGUCUGGCAGAGCUGGUAUCCAAGCUAGACGAUACCCAGGCGCAAUACGGCUAUGUGCGCGUCGAAUAUUCCAAUGAUUCCGAGAGCAAGCGUGUGAAGUUUAUAUUCGUCGUCUGGAUUGGCGAGGGCGUCAAGGUCAUGCGAAAGGCGCGCGUGUCUAUCGAGAGCGGAAAUGUCAAGCGGGUCCUGGCACACCAUUCCAUCCAAGUCGACGCUCGCGACCGUGGUGACCUUGAGGAGGGCGACAUUGUGACUAGAUUGAGGAAGGCGGGUGGUGCUGAUUACAAUGGAGGACGAGGUUGAAUAAGAAAAUACCAAGCAUUGGGGAGUUGGGGGCGUAUGAACAGCAUAAGCGACUUGAAUUCUUUUUUUAUCUCUUGGGGAUGG